AUGUCGAUUGCCAGUAGCGCCCAAUGCCUUCGUUGUAUUGGCCGUACUUCGCUUUCUUCAUCACGUAGUUCCACAUGGAGGGCUUUCUCUAAAGCAUCACGACAGGAGGCGUCCCUUAACACAACAUCCUCUUCUAGCCCUCCAAUCGAGCCUACACUUACACGACAAACUUCCACGCCUGUUACAUCGACUCCUCUCCAGACCGACCCCUCCGAGUCCACCCGGAGACAAGCUGUUCGAAAAGAACUGAAGGAUCCCAUACCUUUCGAACAAUUACCGUACGAGUGCUUCCAAGAGGCGCGUAAGAUAUUGCAAGCAGAUCGGGAAGAGAAACUCGGGCAAAUUGAAAUUCAGCGUGGUCGAAUUGCGCGCCUUGUUGAGCAGGAUGCCUCUGUUAGCGGAGGGAACGUCGCGAAACGGAAACGGUUGGAAAGCAUGCGCCAACGCCUCGAAGAGUUGAAGAUACUGGCCGAUAUCAAUGAUCCCCUGGUCAAGAAGCGUUUUGAGGAUGGUUUAGGUGACAUGGACAAGCCGAUAUACCGACAUCUGGCCUACAAGAAAUGGAUAGCAUAUAAGCGCAAGGUUGCUAUGCAACGCAUCACGCAGAUGAGCGUCAUCCCCGACGUCCUACCUUCCAUUGAACCCAUCCUAGAUGUAGACAUGAACUUCGACCGUGUACGAGUUCAACCAGGAAACUUCAUCAUGUCGACCACCAGCGAACGAACACCCACUUUCAAUGUACAGAGUUUCGCUGCGGGAGAGCGGUUAUAUACCGUUGCAGUCAUCGAUCCCGACAUACCCAACAUCGACACGGACAACUUCGAUCACAAAUGUCUUUUCCUUGCGACAAACGUACCGAUUUCACCAACGUCUCCGAAGGUCGACGUCGCAAGCCUCCCCGACGCCUCCGUCGCGCAUAGCUGGCUACCGCCUGUGGCGCAGAUGGGCGCCCCCUACCAUCGCAUAUCAGCCUUCAUCCUUCGCCAACCCCACGGAACCACCAUCGACGUGGAGGCUCUCAAGGGUCAAUAUCCUCGGGAUAAUCUCUGGCUGAGAGAUAUGGUGAAAAAGCAUAGUUUGCGGCCAAUGGGCGUGACUAUGUUCCGCAGUAUGUGGGAUGAGGGGACUGAUGGUGUGAUGGAGAGAGCCGGAAUUGAAGGAGUGGAUAUGGAAUUCCAAAGGCCGCCGCCAGAGAAGUUGCCUUAUAAGAAGAAGCCUGGUUGGAAGUUCAGGUGA